GCCCUCUGAUUAUUCUCCUUUGUCAGCGAGACCGCUUUCAGGGCGUUUUCCCGAUGCUGGAUGUUACCCGCCGGAUGGAAAGCUUGGGAGAUCUUGGCUGGGAGGCUGUGCAACAAUUCCAUUGAUCCGCAAACGCUGCUCGGGAGGGAGCAAAGAGCGCGGGGAGGAUCGAGACACAAGACGGGAGCAGGUAGACAACAUGGAGAUAUAAAGAUAUCCCGUACAUACAGUGGUAUUGCUGUUGACAGAAUCAAGAAUUGCUCUUGGUGGUUGUCCUCACAUUUUGUUCAUCGCCCCCACGUGUCCCAGAGGUCCUGCUGCCAAAGCGCACAGGAUUCACCAUUGACCGGGGUGCGCGGUCUGGACCCACGCCUCAAAUACUCACCAACACCGGGACCAAGUGGCUUGGCAUCUUGGCAACCGUCCCUCGGAUCUCUACUUCUUGAAUCUUUUCCUUGGCACUUAAACUGUUGGUUUAAGUGGUCAGCCACCACGCCGCUACAGCGCUACAGCGAACAAAAAGGUCAUCUAGAUCCAUCGCUUGACGCUCUGCUCGCCUUAUUUUAACUUGCUCCAAAGGGCCAUUACCCUACCAAGAAACUGCUACCCCAGAUAGGAGAUUUUAAUUCACUCUGCACCGUUUACGACCCUGCCAAGUCCUGUUCGCUCACCGCCGGGAUUCCACCUAUUCUGGGCAGCUACCUACUACCCGAGAUAUCUAUCGCCUUCAGCCACCACCACUACCGCUUACCUUCGCGACCAGCUGCCUGCCCGCCUUGCUACUUCCCCCACCGUUCACCUCUUCCUCGAGGUCGUCAUGUUGGUCAACCGCGCCUGUAAACGUGGUUAGUUCCUGCAUCGCAGGAAGCCGCAGACUUCUCGAGGAGAGGCCAACUCGACUCUCGACUGUUCACAGCCCUUUUGUGAUCUAUCCAGACUUUGCGUUUUACCCUCUCAUCUACCAAAAACACACCAAACCAUCUGUUCUAGCCGCCACCUACUUGGCUUAUCCUCUCAACCUACGUCUCAACCCGCAUCAUUCUAGACUCGCUGCUAUCCUACUUACCCUUGAGCCCUCCCAGGACACAACCACCUCCAUCAUGGAGCGGUUCAAGCAAUGGAUCGCCACCAAGCCUUUCACGGCCCAGCGCUGCAAGCAAUUCAUUUAUACUAGACCCCGCUGGCUCUUCGAAUUCAUCUUUCCGCAGAACCAGGGCUUCCCCUUCAUAAGAUAUCACUACUAUUUGAUCAUAUCCCUCGCGCUGAUCGGCGCCCUCAUCACUUGGGGAGCUGGCAAACACAGUGGUGGUACUGCCGAGAUUAGAUUUAUCGACGCCCUCUUCUUCACGGCCGGCGCCUCCACCCAGGCCGGCCUGAACACGGUCGACAUCAACCUUUUGACCACCUUUCAGCAAGCCAUUUUCUACCUGUGGCCCAUGAUGGCAAAUCCCAUCACGGUAAACUCGCUUGUUGUCCAACUCCGUCUCUACUGGUUCGAAAAGAAGUUCCAGCACAUAACCCGAAAUGCCCGACUCGCCAGGGUCCCUCUCGCGAAAUCGUUUACCAAGUCGCGGACUAAGGCGAAGCAGCAGGACGGCGACGUCGAAAAGGGUGUAAAUGGCAGAAAGAUUACCGUUAUGUUGAACGGUAAAAAGUCACGCAUCAACAACGACGGGACCCUGCUGGGCGAUGCUAAGAAUAAGGGCAGGCAUGGUCUCGGCCUCACGGCGGCAAACCGGACUGCCACAGAUGGGGGCUUGGACGGCCCAUUGGAUAAGGCAGAUCGGCAUACCGGCCCAGCCGUCACAUCAUCCAUGACGGAACCCCGGAGGCCAGCUCUCAAGUUCGCCGACACGGUCACGAAAAGCGACGGUCUGGGCGAGGAUUUCCUCAAACUCCCACGGAUGCGAUCGGACGAGGAGCAUAUUGCCAUAGUCGAACGACAGAAGAAGGGAGACGACGAGGUGCUGCGAAUCCCGAAUCCGAGAGACGUAGAACGCGGCCUGGGCCCCAAGCGUGUUGAGGCUGGAGACAAUGAGGACGAAUUGCUGUCACCUCAUGCGGAAGCUUUCAAUCUGGAUGGAGAACCUCGAGCUCAAGCAGCUGACGGCCGCCAUCCGGCCAUCACUAUUGAGGAGCCUGAUCGUCGCAAGUUGCAGGAGACGGAUUCGGAUGAGUUCCUGGACGAUGUUAGAGCCGCUGCCCACACGUUUGACUUUUUGAAGCCGCAUUUUCCUCGGCACAAAAAGAAGCAAGACGACGUGGAAAAGGAACCCGUCAUUCCCGGCCCUUCCCAGAACAGGCGUCGCCAGUCGAUGCAGACGCUGCGAACCGCCUUUUCCAACAACAAGGCCGAAGGCACGCCGUAUCUGAGCUGGGAGCCCACCGUCGGCCGCAACUCUCUUUUCCCGGAGCUUACUGAAGAGCAGCGCGAAGAGCUGGGAGGAAUUGAGUACAGGUCUUUGAAGACGCUUGCCCGGGUCCUGACGGUCUACUUCUGGGGCUAUACGGCGCUGGGUGUGGUUGGGCUCUUGCCGUGGAUUCUGCAGGCCACUCAGUACGGGCAAGUUGUCGAGGCGGCAGGCCAAAACAAAGUAUGGUGGGCUUUCUUUACUUCGCAAUCGGCUUUCAUGGAUCUGGGUUUUACCUUGACGCCAGACAGCAUGAAUUCAUUCAGCACCGCGACAUGGCCACUUCUGUGGAUGAGCUUCCUGAUCGUCAUCGGCAACACUGGAUUCCCCAUCAUGCUCCGCUUCAUGAUUUGGGUGCUCUCGCUCAUUGUACCCAAGAAUUCUGGCAUGUAUGAGGAGUUGCGGUUUUUGCUCGACCACCCUCGCCGCUGCUUCACACUUUUGUUCCCUUCCAAAGCCACUUGGUGGCUGCUGGGCUUCCUUGUCCUCCUAAACGGCCUCGACGUGAUGUUUUUUAUCGUCUUGGAUCUUGGGCAAGAGGGCCCUGUAGCCUCGAUGUCGGACGGCCAAAAAGUUCUUAAUGGUAUUUUCGAAGCCGCAUCCACGAGGACCGCUGGUUUCUCCUGUGUGAAUCUCUCACUGCUUCACCCCGCCGUCCAGGUUUCCUACAUGAUCAUGAUGUACAUUUCGGUCUUUCCCAUCGCCAUAUCGGUUCGUAGGACGAAUGUGUAUGAGGAGAAUGCACUAGGAAUCUACUCGCACGGCGAAGAAGAGGAACACUCCAAGGCAAACCACAACGACUGGUCGCACGUCGGCACUCACGCUCGCCGCCAGCUCUCGUUUGAUUUGCCGUUUAUUGCCUUGGGCCUCUUCAUUUUGGCCAUCUCGGAAGGGCCGCGUAUCAUGAACCCCGAGGACGCCGCCAAUGGCUUCACCAUGUUUAGCAUGCUCUUUGAGUCCAUCAGCGCUUACGGCACAGUCGGCAUGAGCUUGGGGUACUCGACAAUCAACGCAUCACUUUCGGCCGAGUUUUCGGACGUUGGAAAGCUGAUUAUUAUCUGCUUGAUGAUACGCGGCCGACACCGUGGUCUCCCGUACGGUCUGGACAGGGCCAUUCUUCUGCCCAGCGAUGCACUCAAUGCGAAGGACGCAAUGGCUGCAGAUACAGAAGGCAGAUUGGCUAGGCAGAUUUCUCGCAUGUCUGUGGCGACACACCGCAGCGACACGACGCACAACCAGAGGGGCCUGGGACAUGUCCUGGCUGCCAUUUUGCAUCCAGGUCCUCCCGUACCGCCCGAGCCCCCGAUGGAAGCUAUUCAUAGGAGAUCGACCGACCCUGGCUCGGACGCGGAGCCGCAACCUAUGCGGGUCACCUCGAGACGUACCGAGCCCGGUGUUGUGCGGAGAUCGGUUAGUCACUUGUUUUCGCCCAGGCCUAGGACUGCUGGUGGGCAUGAAGAUGAUUAGACUUGGGCUUGAGGGUUUUAAAAACAUGGCGGUUUUUUUUGGUGGGGGGUUUUUUGUGUUGAUUUUUUUUUUUUUUUUUUACAGGGUUUGUUUCAUUUUCGCUCGUUUCGAGAAUUAUACCCCCGGUUUACUCAACACGAGCAUAGCAUAGCAAAUGGGUUUUAUCCUAGACAGGGUGGGCGUUUAUGUGUGUUUUUCUCAUUUUCGUUGUUGAUGGUAGUUGGUGUUUGAUGAGGGUUCGUGGCGUUUAUGUACAGGGAACAAACACGUUAUGACAGUAACGUGAUGCAUGGUCGGCAUGACAUGGUGUUUACAUUAUUUAUUUUUGGUAUCAGGUUACCAUCAUGAUUUAAGAGAGAUGGCUGAGAGGGAUUGUGGUAGGAAAGGGUUACAAGAAGAAGAUUGUUGUUGAUGGUGGGGAGGGAAUAUGUAUAUGCUGGGGGUGGUAAGGAAAAGGAGAGUAUAUAUGAGAUGUUAGGGUUAUGGAAAUAUAGAAGGGUAAUGUAUGUAGAAUCUAAUAUAUGCCGCUGCUGGGAGGUGGUAGCGGGUGAUAUCUUACG